UCCGGACGGGGAAGAGGCCGGGCGGCUUCGGCGAUGGAGCACAUCACGACGCCCAAGGUAGAAAAUGUCAAGUUGCUCGAUCGUUAUACCAACAGGAAGGCGGCAAAUGGGACGCUGUAUUUGACAGCUACGCAUCUGAUCUACGUGGACACGUCAUCUGAAGUUCGAAAAGAGACAUGGAUUCUUCACCACCACAUCGCCACCGUGGAGAAGCUACCCCUGAAUGCUUCUGGCUGCCAGCUGCAGAUUCGCUGCAAGAACUUCCGCGUGGCUCGCUUUCUCAUGGGACAGGAGCGAGACUGCCAUGAAGUGUAUACCUCUUUGCUGAAACUCUCGCAACCAGUGAAACCUGAAGAACUUUACGCCUUCUCUUACAACCCCAAAACGCCCGAAGGCAGCCGAGAAGCAGGCUGGAAGUCGAUAGGUGUCAGAGUGGAUUACCAGCGGAUGGGCGUUCCCAACAGCUCUUGGGAAAUUAGCGAUGCCAACAGGGAUUACGAGGUUUGCAGCACCUAUUCUCGGGAACUGGUUGUGCCGAAAGCCGCUACUAGGGCGAUGAUCUUGGGAAGCGCGAAGUUUCGAAGCCGAGGUCGGAUACCUGUGCUUUCCUACUUCUACAAAGAGAAUAACGCCGCCAUCUGCCGAUGCAGCCAGCCUUUGUCCGGGUUUACCACGCGCUGCCUGGAAGAUGAACAGCUGCUGCAGGCCAUUCGGGAAGCCAAUGCAGGGAGCCGGUUCAUGUACGUUGUAGACACGAGGCCAAAGUUGAACGCCAUGGCCAACCGAGCUGCUGGCAAAGGCUACGAGAACGUUGAUAAUUAUGACUGCAUCCGUUUUAAAUUCAUUGGUAUUGAAAACAUCCAUGUGAUGAGGAGCAGCCUCCAGAAGCUCCUAGAAGUGUGUGAAGCAAAAUCUCCUUCGAUGAGCGACUUCCUCACAGGCCUUGAGAACUCGGGCUGGUUGCGACACAUUAAAGCCGUGAUGGAUGCUGGAGUCUUCCUUGCGAAGGCGGUCAAAGAUGAGAGUGCCAGCGUGGUGGUGCACUGCUCGGAUGGCUGGGACCGCACAGCCCAGGUCUGCUCUGUAGCUUGUCUCCUCCUGGAUCCUUUUUAUCGGACGUUGAAAGGAUUCAUGGUUCUGAUAGAGAAGGAAUGGAUUGCAAUGGGCCAUAAAUUCUCACACAGGUGCGGCCAUCUCGAAGGAGAUCCCAAGGAGUUGUCUCCAGUCUUCACCCAGUUCCUUGAAUGCACUUGGCAGCUCAUGCAGCAGUUUCCUUGUGCCUUUGACUUCAAUGAGCGCCUGCUUCUCGAAAUUCACGAUCACGUCUAUUCCUGCCAGUUUGGCAAUUUCCUGGGGACCUGUCACAAGGACCGAGAAGAUCUGAAAAUCUUUGAGAAAACACAUUCCCUGUGGCCGUUUCUUCUGCAGAAGAAGCUGGAAUUCAGAAACCCACUCUACAAGGGAUACACAGCUUACACGUACCUCCAGCCCAACACCCUGCCGUUCAGCUUCCAAUUCUGGUGCGGCAUGUAUAACCGUUUUGAUAAAGGGAUGCACCCAAAACAGUGUAUCCUGGAUCAUCUGCUCAGCUGCACCACCCAGAAUUUGCAGUUGGAAAACAGCGCUACAGACCUGGAAAAUAAAUUGCCUCUCACGGAUGGGCUCCUGACGAGUGAAACAUCUGUCUUCUCCAAAGGGGUUGCCUCUUCACUGGACAGUUCCAUCUCCCCUAUGGUCAACACCCCCCAGGACUAUGAAGCCCCCGUGCUGAUGGCCAACGGCACCAUCGGCGGGAGAGAAGGCGAUAGACCAGAUCAGCAGGGGAUGAGCGAAGUGAGUCUUGUUCCUCCCACUGACACCCCAGACAGCAACAGCUGCAGCUCACCCACCCUCACCAGUGUGCCUCUCUGGGGCAGUGAUCAAGCAGAUCUCCAGAGGGCUUGAAGCGAUCUUCACCUCCACUGGAAGAGUCAUAGAAAAGGGGCCAUAAAGCCUGUGAGAUCUGUGGCCCUAUGCUGGGAACACCACCUCACUGACACGUGGCUGUUGUAUUUUGUAUUCUCAACAUGGAGGAGGACAAAGCCCAUUGGGGACUUUCAGCAAACUCCCAGAGUCCGGGGAUGCUGCUGAGUUGGGGGCUGCCACAAAUCACUCAAGCCAAACCAGCCACGGAGAUCCUUUGGGGAAAAGACAGGUGUGCAGUUGAUGCUGUUGCUGGCAGGUUACUUUUUUUAAGGAGGGAGAAUUUGGAUACAUAAUGGAUGCCUGUGUCAAUCCAUUUUAAAGGGUUGCUUCCCAACUCCUUGAGUUCCACUGGAGGGCUGGGCUGGGUUGCUCCUGGGUAGCCUGGCCAUCCUUCUGUAAGCACCUUUUCUUUACAAAGAUGGAGUUCCCCUUCUGUCCAGCCAUUGGCAGUGUGACCUUGAUAGUUGUGAUACAGUAUUUUGAGUGUGUGGGUUUUGUCUUGUAAAGACUUCCUCUCUCUCGUGUCUUUCGUUUAACUAUCCCGAUCAGGCCCCGCAUUCUGACUUCUUGUUCUCUCUCUUCAUUGUCCGUGGUCUUGAAUGUUUUUGUGGCAUGUUAGGGUAAAGUCUUAAGGCGUCUGCAAAUAUCUUGACUGUUCAAGCAUUGAUCAUCCUAAGUCACUCUGGAGGACGUUUAAGAACCUGGCCAGGUAAAUCAAGCACCUUCCUUGGUUUAAGUGCCAGACUGCUUUCUACUCAAGCCCUCAAUAAUGUCCCACCGUCCAUACCGAUAUCUAACUCUCAUAAUCCACCUGCUCCUCUUUAGCAGCAAAGCAUCCACAAAUUGAGUGCCCACCUCCAUGUGUAAUGCUGUUGCCUGAAGCUUCACGAAGAGCCAGAAUUCGUGUCUCAUGCAUGUUUUGAACCUAGAGGAAACCUGGGCUUCCUGUUUUGUUAUCCUGGGGAGGGCUUAAUGUCAGUAAGGAAAUGCUCAGCAGAGGGAGUGCAAGGCCUCUGUCUCUAAAGUUCACCAACAGAAGCCUAUGCAGAAUCUGUGGUCCUUUCUGCUUAACAAUGCCGAUGGGAAAACAUCUUGGGAGAAAACGUACCUUCGCCCUUCUUAUUCUCUGAAAUGAGGAAAUGGCAGUGGACUUUAAGAAGAUCAGUCUCCUGGUGAAAGAGGAGACUUGAAAACACAUCUGAGAGCAUUCCUGAAUCAAUCAAGAACUUCAGCUCUGAGCUGGCUCAUGGCUUCAGAAAUAGGAUUGUGGAGGCUUGGAGGGAGAAAGAAUAGUUUGCCCUUGAGAAGUAAUGGUUCUUCCAACAGAAUUAUAUUGCAUCCUGCAUGUCUCUGGUAUAUCUUCCACUCUCCCCCACAUCAGUGGAUCAAAUCACAGUAACGUUCCCUGAAUUCUUUAGUGAGGCAAUGACAUUCCUAAGGAGAAACAUCUCAGCAUCUUCUUCCAACUAUGUGGAUGUUUCUUGCCAAUAGUCAGCCAUGGCUCUUCAGCUGCCUUUGGAGUUCAGUUUCAGGAUUUAAUUUCACAGAACCUCUUCACGGAAAUACUGUCUUCUUUAGGAAAGCAAAUGGUCUUGAGUCCUUGCAGAUCUUAGUAUGAAAGGCAGGUAAAAUGGCUUACUCUGUGACAAGUCAUCCUGUUCCAGUUUUGUAAUCGGCUUUCCUUUUAAGAGAAGAAAAACCAGUGUUUUUCUUCAGAUGAAAUAUUCCUCUUCCUCCUGCCAUUUCUGAUCAGAAAUGUUUGCUAUGGAAGAUGGAUCAUCCAGCAUGGUGUUGAAUGGGCUUGCUUUCUUUGCUGCUGGUCAAAAAUCUUAAUUUUAGGCAUGUGAAAAAGACAAAUCUCAGGGUUUAAAAUAUUGUUAAAAACAAGCCCAAGUCCCCAAAGAGGAUCAAAAUAACAUGAACAUUAAUUAUUGGCAAGCAUAUAUACAAUGACUUUCUGGAUUAGGUGAAGAUACAUAUGUUUGGGAUUCCCCCCCCCCGGAAAAUUUUAUUUGCCCCUGAGCAAUUUCCAAAAUGAGAAUUAUUUUUACAAAAAGCCCCCCCACACACACACACACACGCUUUCUGUACAUUUGGGGAAAUCCUGGGGAGGAUGAGAAAUUCAAAAUCAGUUUUUCUGAUGGAAUGGCCAUCCAUGAGCGGAAGGAGAUUACGAACCAAAAAGAGGAAUAUUCCAGUCAAACACAGAAGAACUAUUGAGAGAAGUUUGAAAUUCCUAUCAUUCUGACCCCAAAAUGUUCUUAUAGUGAUAGGAAGCAAAAACUGCCUAUUGGGAAUAAUAGCAGAUUUCAACGAGCAGGUGUAAUUUGAUGCACGUGAAAAGUUAAUUGAAUGGAAAACCGCUGAUCGUUCAUUUCGCCUUGUGGAAGAGCCCAGUGGCAAAUUUUAAAUUCUGCUUUUAUAGACUCUUGGGAAAGACUUCAAAGAUUGGAAUCUUUGUCAAAUGGUGGGAGCCUUUAAGUCUAUAAUCUUUGAAUCUUGUAUUGCUGUUUAUAUAUCCAGUUAGCACCGCAGCACAAGAGAUUUCGCUUUAUUCUCCAAACGUUUUUUUCUCUUAAAAAAACUGCUCUCUGUUCCAUCAGGGCCACCUCCUAAAAUGGAUUUUUCCCACUUCUCUCAUUAUCUCCUUCCUCGGUUCUUUGAAAUAUUUCCCAUGGUCUUGUCUAGUUUAAUCAACUUUGUCAGUGAUACAGAUGUGAUCCCAGGUUUCUCAUCUCACUCAGUUUUUUUAAAGCCUCAUUUAAAAUAUAUAAAUAUAUAUAUGUAUGUAUGUAUGUAUGUAUGUAUGUAUGUAUAGAAUAUGUUUCCAAAACUCUAAUCUUAUGUACCAGUAAAGAAAAGAAUGGUAUUGGUGCUUAUUUCUCCCCCUAUGAAUUUUUCCGUAAUUGUUUGGAUUCCAAAUUACCUUAAUUUGCCUGUGUUACCUUACCUUGACUGGAAAAGAACUGACAUAUAAUUCGUCCGCCGUAUGUGUUUAUCAAACUUGGUUCAGCCUUCCAGCUAUACAGUUACCUGUGUUGAGUUUACAUUUGCAAACCAAGGCAUAUGUAUGCUGAGUGGACACUUAAGCAUGGAAACAUCCUGAAAAUGUUCCAUUUUCCUCUACGAUGCCCACAGGAUUCUAAUUUCCCCUGUUUUAAUUGAUGCCACGUAAGCAUCGGUGAUUUAAUUGAUGCACCACGUUACAUACAAGAAGGGGAACUCGUGAGCCCGAAAAUUGCAGCAAAUGAUGCCUUCUGCCGAUCUGGACAAAUGUUAAGAAGGCUGAACUAGGAAAAGCAAAUCUGGAACAAUAAGAGAAAAGAAGAAACCAGCUUUUCUCAAAUUGGUAGGGGUUUUAACUAAUGCCAUAAAUUGGCACUCCCUUAUUAGAGGGAAGCGCCUAACUCUUAAUCGAAACUUUACUGAUCCAUUCUUUCACUAUGGUUACUGCAUUGCCUUUUAUUUUGUAAGAUUUCAUUAAAGAAAUGCUGUAUAAUAUUAGU